AGAGGGCAGAAAAGUGGGCAGUCCCUGAUGAGAGGAGGUUCCAUCAUGUCUGCUUCCCCAUCUCUUUGUAGAUUGUGUCAGAAAACCACGCUGCUUUAACACACGCUUUCAGACACCGUGGACUCCUCGUGUCUGAGUCCGGCCUGAGCGUCAGUCAGAGCCCGUCCCGGAUCGCGGGGGACAAACAGCGGAAAGGGGGCAGCUUAACGGAAGAAGAAGAAAGGGGAAGCAACCGCAGAUGUCAUCGGUUAAGAAGAGAAACUCCAACUCCUCCGGAGGCCGGGAGGAGGACCGGCAGGUGACCGAGAGGAUGCUGUCCGCCGGCUCCAGUCCAGCCGGAACCCCGGGAAGCGACGCCCGGAGUCCCAGCAGCCUCCUGCCGGCGGACGCAGCGGAGGACGGGGUCGCCCUGAAGCGGACCAUCACCCUCAUGAACGGCGUGGCUAUCAUCGUGGGCACAAUCAUCGGCUCGGGUAUCUUCGUGACGCCAACCGGCGUGUUUCGGGAAGCGGGCUCGGUGGGUCUGUCCCUGAUCGUGUGGGCGGUGUGCGGGGUGUUCUCCACGGUGGGAGCGCUGUGCUACGCAGAGCUGGGAACCACCAUCAGCAAGUCCGGGGGGGACUACGCCUACAUCCUGGAGGUGUACGGCUCCCUGCUGGCGUUCCUCAAGCUUUGGAUCGAGCUGCUCAUCAUCCGGCCCUCCUCCCAGUACAUCGUCGCCUACGUGUUCGCGACCUACCUGCUGAAGCCCAUUUUCCCGGUGUGCCCGGUACCGGAGCAAGGGGCCAAGCUGGUGGCCUGCCUCUGCAUCCUCUUGCUGACCUUCGUGAACUGCUACAGCGUGAAAGCGGCCACCAGGGUGCAGGACAUCUUUGCUGCCGCCAAACUCCUGGCGCUCACCCUCAUCAUCAUCAUCGGCUUCGUCAAGAUCGGCCAAGGUGGAACCGAUGAACUUCUUCCUGAAAACUCGUUUAAAGGAUCCAGUUAUGAGUUCGGUAACAUCGGCUUGGCGCUCUACAGCGGACUCUUUGCCUACGGUGGCUGGAACUACUUGAACUUUGUCACUGAAGAAAUGAUUGAGCCUUACAAAAACCUUCCUCGAGCCAUCAUCAUCUCUCUGCCCAUCGUCACCAUUGUGUACGUCCUCACCAACCUGGCCUACUUCACCACCAUCUCUCCCGAAGACAUGCUCAGCUCCGAGGCUGUCGCUGUGGACUUUGGGAACCACCACCUGGGCCCCAUGGCGUGGAUCAUCCCCGUGUUUGUGGGUCUGUCGUGUUUCGGUUCGGUCAACGGUUCGCUCUUCACAUCAUCCAGGUUAUUCUUUGUGGGGUCGCGGGAGGGUCACCUGCCCAGCCUGCUGUCCAUGAUCCACCCCACGCUGCUGACGCCGCUGCCCUCACUCAUAUUCACGUGUUUCAUGACGCUGCUCUACGCUUUUUCCAACGACAUCUUCUCCGUCAUCAACUUCUUCAGCUUCUUCAACUGGCUCUGCAUCGCCAUGGCGAUCGUCGGAAUGAUGUGGCUCCGCUACAAGAAGCCCGACCUGGAGCGACCGAUUAAGGUGAACAUCCUGCUGCCGGUGAGCUUCGUCCUCGCCUGCCUCUUCCUCAUCAUCGUGUCUUUCUGGAAGACGCCGAAGGAAUGCGCCAUCGGCUUCGGCAUCAUCGGCACCGGACUGCCCGUCUACUUCAUCGGCGUUCAGUGGAAGAACAAACCCAAGUGGCUGAUGCACGCCAUCCUAACGACCACCGCCUGGUGUCAGAAGGUCAUGGAGGUCGUCCCUCAGGAGUCCUAAACGACCAUCUGCCUUUUUUUUUUCUUCUAUUUUUUAUUUGGCCUCUGACGUCACAGAAGAUGAAGUUUGACCUCAGCUGACUUUUCUCUAACCCCGCUCUGUCUCAGACUAAUACACACACACACACACACACACACACACACCCAUGUUGUGCAGACUGCUGAUCAGGACCAAGUCUUCGUCGUUAUCUUGGUUUUAUGUUACCAUGGUGAUUCAGACGUUGUUGGUUUUACAUGUUUUUUAGUGCAGUUAUGAAGUUUGUAUUUUUUUAGCUGUUAUUUAAAUGUUUUUCUGGAGCCUGAGACUUUGGUGUUGAGUUUGGGUCGCCGUGGCGCUCCUGACCUCUCCUGACCUCUCCUGACCUCUCCUGACCUCUCAUGGUGCAUCUGAGGCCUAACAGAGGCGGUUUCGGUUGGUUUCUGUUUCGUGGGUGUUUUCAUUUUUUACAUCUGAAGGAUUCAGGUGUUUUCCGUUCAAAGCCCACGUCUCAUUCGGUCUGUAAGCUGUGAGGUUGGUCUGGGGUCACCAGGGGUCACAUAAGAGGCGCCGCUUCAGGCCAUUUUAGUACCACACUCAGUGUUAUCAGGCCGGAGCAGAGUCGAUUUAUGUGUGAGAUAAAAUCUUUUGUAUUUUCUCCCAAAAUGACAAACAUUUUUUACGAGUUUUGUUCUGUUUUUGUUGUUUUUGGUAAAACGAAGGCCUUUGCUCACCAUGUCUGUGUUUGGUGUUCAAUAUGAACAUUUUUCGUUCUGUAUAAACAUCAGCAUAUGUGAUGGUUUCCUUCCAAGCAGUCAGACCUUAAAGCUGCAGUACGUCACUUUUGUUUUAAAAAAUGUUUUCUUACACAUUUGAUAAAGCUGUGACCGAGUCCUGAUUGUUUAAUAUGAGACAGAUAAUCUGAAAAGAUCAAUUUCCUCCACCUUAUACAUUUGCUACUGUCGCUGUCUGAAGAAAUUCGCUGCUCUCGAUCAAAAACAACCAAUCAGAACCAGGAGGCGGGUCUUGGCACUGUCAAUCACCCUCGUGAAAGCGCUUCUAAAUGUGCUAAUAGCAGAGAAACAACUUACUGUUUCAGGAAAACUGUUUAUCUCAUAUCAUCGGUGGCCAUGCUAACUAGCUUUAGCAUUCACAGCAGGUCCUGCCUCCUGCCUCUGAUUGGUUGUUUCUAGUUAGCACUGAGAGAAAACCGAGGAGCUCGAUUGUUUUUCACAGAUUAUUUGUUUCAUACCGUUGUCUCAACAAAUUUGUAAAAAUCUGUUUUUAUAAACGUUUCAUACUGCAGUUUUAAGGCAAUAUUCAGGAGUUCUCUGUUUCCAAUGUAUUUCAACAACUUUUUCAUUCAUUCAUUGGAUUUUUUUCUUAUUUAAAAUGCAAAUUCUGCCCACUUAUUUAUUUAUUCGUCAUUGUAUAUUUUACAAACCACCUCCCUCUGUCUUUCAUUUCCCUUUUUCUUUCAUUCAACAAUAACAGAAACAAAACUGUUUGCACUGGUUUGUCCUCAGUUCUGACCGUUAAUCAGAAACCAGAUUUAAAUUACAUCUUUAGGCGUUUCUUGUCACCCAUCUUGUUUUAGCUUUUUAUAUCCCCAUUUCUUUGGCUGAAUCUUUUUCUGAAGAUGACAGUUUGGCACAAAAACCCAAAAAACAGCAAAAUACUGAAAGAUCUUCUAGAAACCUGUAGAUCAAAUUACAUUUGAUUCAAAGCGAAAUAUUAUAAACUGAUGUUUAUUUCAGACUGAGUGUCAGCCAAACUGAAGAUUUACGCCUGAUGUUGAACGUUUUGCUUUGUUUGCUUAAUUUUGUUUAAUUCCUUUUAGGAGCUAAACUGAGCACAAAAUGUCAAGAAGUUCCUGUUUGGUUGAUUAAUUAAAUUUGAACACUUCUGGCCUAUAUUAUUAUUAUUAUUAUUAUUAUUAUUAUUAUUAACAUAUUCAUUAUUAUUAUUAUUGUUAUUAUUAUUAACAUAUUCAUUAUUAUUAUCAUCAUUAUUUGUUAUGCAUAUAUUUUUCUUAUUCUUUAUUACUAUAUAGUAGUAUUUUUACUUAUUUUAAAAAGUAAUACGGUUUGUAUUGCUUAUGGUUAAAUUGUAUUUAGUAAUAACUCUUUGGAUGGAGUAGCAUGUGAAGAAAUGAGCAGUUUGUCCUUGGAGAUCAAUAAACUCUAUUCUACUUUAAAUUAUCUAUUUCCUGUAGAAUAAGCAAUAGAAAUAAAAUUUGAUUGAUUGAUUGAUAAAUGGGGCCCAUUUGUAAGUAAAAAUCCAUUUCUUGGUUUAUGUUUAGCAUUUUGGGGUCAAAAUCCUCUCCAAUCCAGAUGCUAAACAGCUUUUUUAAUAACUCUAGCUUUGUUUGGUUUAUACUUCCUGCAAAUGCUGAUUAGCGUCCCACAGUAAUGUGUGACCAGAUAGUGACCAGCAUGAGGAAGAGGCACGACUGAGGCCAGAGAAUGAAACAGAGAAAUGUUUGGAUUUCUCUGAUGGUUUGAGUUUUAUUGCCAAGAAGCUUCGUUAAAACCAAGAAAAGAAUCGACCAAUCAGACGUUCGCUGACGUUUUGUGCUCAUUUUUACAUUUAAACAUCCAGAUCUAAACCUAAAUCCAAACUGGUUCACUUUGUUUUCCAGCACGAUGCACUUUAUAACAAAGUAUGUUGGCGAAGAAUGAAGGGUUGGUUUGAUCAUGUAAAUUAAAUUAAACCUUAAAGUUUCUCAGUUUUUAUUCAGCUGAUUUCCCCGAAUUGCUGCAGGUUUUUAUUGUUUGUGUUUAAGUCACACGUUGGUGUGCAAAGGCCUUUAAAGUGUUGGUGGGGGUAAAAACAUCAGAAAAUCAACCGUUACUUUUUAUUUUGUGUUUUAUUUUUUAUUUUUA